AUGACAACUGCAGAAGUUACUGUUACUGGCACCAAUGAUGAUGAUUUAAACACGCAGUCAACUACUGAAGGAGAGGGUGUUAUGGUUUCUUGGAAAUUUGAUGAAGAGUUGUGUAGACAAACACUUACCAAAAUGAUUAUCAUUGAUGAAUUACCUUUCAAGUUUGUUGAACGUGAAGGUUUUCGUUAUUUUCUUAGUGUCUUGCAACCAAAAUUCAAAUUGUUGUCACGUUUUACUGUAGUUAGGGACUGUUUGGCAUUGUAUGCUAUAGAAAAGAAGAAGUUGAAAACCUUAGUGAGUCAACUCAAUCAAAGAAUUUGUUUCACCACUGAUAUAUGGACGUCAAUUCAAAAUCUUUCUUAUAUGUGUCUCACGGCUAAUUUCAUUGAUAAGAAUUGGACCUUACACAAAAGAAUUCUGAAUUUUUGUAUAAUGCCUAGUCACAAGGGUAAGGAAAUUGGUCGUGUAGUUGAGACUUGUUUGCUUGAUUGGGGUAUAGACAAAUUGUGUACACUCACGGUUGAUAAUGCUAGUUCAAAUGAUCUUGCGGUUGCAUAUUUGAAAGAAAAUAAGCUUUCUAGGAAUGUUGGCUUUUUCCUUUUAGGUGGUGAAUGUUUUCAUAUGAGGUGUUGUGCACAUAUAUUGAAUUUGAUUGUGAAAGAUGGUUUGAGUGAUGUAAAUGGUUCAAUAGUUCGAAUUCGUGAGGCUAUGAAGUAUGUUAGGAGUUCUCCACAACGGGGAGAGCGUUUUCAAGCAUGUGUGAAGAGGGAGAAUAUAACAUUUAAGUCACAUUUGUGCCUAAAUGUUUCAACUAGAUGGAAUUCCACAUACCUUAUGUUAGAGGUAGCCGUAAAGUUUCAAAAAACUUUUGAAAGGUUAGAAGAUGAUGAUAUUCAAUUCCUACCGGAAGUUAAUAAUAAAGCUCCUUCUAGUACUGAUUGGGAAUAUGCUCGAGUUUUGAUUGUUUUUUUAAAAAAAAUUUAUGACGCCACUAACAAGCUUUUCGGAUCUUUGUAUGUUACUUCCAAUAGAUAUUUUCAUGAAGUGUUGGGAAUUGAAAAGUCGUUAAAUACAUGGUCAAAGAGUCCCGAUAUUUGGUUAAGUAAUAUGGCAACAAAAAUGAAAAUUAAAUUUGACAAAUAUUGGGGAAGCAUUGAAAAAGUGAACAUGUUGGUGGUGCUUGCGGUUGUGCUGGAUCCUCGUUAUAAAUUGAAAUUUGUGGAAUUUUGUUAUUCCCAACUUUAUUCUAUUGAAAUGGUUCAUAAUCUUAGUAAAAAGGUAAUGGAUACAUUCAACUGCAUUUUUAGUGAAUAUGUAAAGUUUCAUGCAUUUACUUCAAGUUCUAGUGGAACAAGUAAUAUUGCAAAUGAGGUGGGAGUUGAUGAUGGAAAUGUGGAAGAUGAUUUUUCCUCUUUGUACAUAAAGUGCAAGAUACAAAAAGAAAGUUCUACUCCCAAGUCGGAAGUGGAAAAAUAUUUGGAGGAAGCUUGUGAAGAUGUUGUUCCAGAAUUUGACAUCUUGAAUUGGUGGAAGGUGAACGGAAGUAGGUAUACAAUACUCUCUGAAAUUGCAAGAGAUAUUCUAGCUGUUCCAGUCUCUACUGUUGCUUCGGAGUCCGCUUUUAGCACUGGAGGUCGUGUGCUUGAUCAAUUUCGUAGUUCUUUAACUCCAAAGCUUGUGGAAUGCUUAAUUUGUACACAAGAUUGGUUACAGGCUUCACCAACACCAAUUGAUGUUGAAGAAAAGUUGGAGCAACUUGAACAAUACGACUCUGAUGUGACUACAGUUUCAUAUUCAGAUUGA